AUGGGUCGCAAAAAGAUCAGAAUUCAACCUAUCACCGAUGAUCGUAACAGACAAGUUACAUUCCUGAAGAGAAAGCAUGGUCUCAUGAAGAAGGCCUACGAGCUUAGUGUGCUUUGUAACUGCGAGAUUGCAUUGAUCAUCCUCAACAACUCCAACAACAAGCUUGUGCAGUAUGCCAGCACUGAUAUCGAUAAAGUCCUGAUGCGAUAUACAGAGUACGAUGAGCCAUAUGAGAGCAAAUCGAAUGAUGAUUUUACGAAUGCAAGCGAGAAGGGCGAUGAGGACAAUUCUCAUGAUUUAUCUGAUGCAGAUGAAAGGGACUCAUAUCAGAUUGUUCAAUCUCAACAGUAUCAGCCGAGCCCUGCACCGAUGAUGCAUUACAAUGCUCCUCCACCGCCAACAGGAGCAACAGCAGGUGAUCCAAAUAUGGUUCAACGUCAAAUACCACCUUACGAAAUGUAUCCAAUGUAUAUGCCAAACACAAAUUAUGCACCACAACACCCUCAACAACGGCCAAUGAUGUACGCUCCGCUUCCACCUCCACACCAUCAACAGCAAGUGAUCGUGCAAGGACACAAUGCAAUGACCUACCCAUCUCCACCUCAACCAAUGUAUGUGCAGCCUCCACCUCAACAUCACCACCAACAAGCGACAAAAGAAAACUCGAUGCCUCCCCCUUCGCAACCCAUGCCAAUCUCAUCUCCUUCGUCAGAGUUGGAUGUCAAGAAUGAUGGCACAAAGAGACCAAACCUCAGAGUGCAAAUUCCAAAUGAAAGCCCUGAACCUACUAGCUAUAACCCAGACCAACGUGCUCAACACCAACAACAGCAGACACCACCACAGCAACACGCACAGCAACAGAUGCAAUCAAAUCGAUCUACCACAUCUGCUGCUGUAGGCCCUCCCUCUGCUCUGCCAUCUCAAUUUGCUCAAAACUUGCCAUCACCAUCUACAUUCUACCCCGAGUUUUAUCAACAGAAUGAACUGCCUAGCCCAUUGAACUUUUCUGCUACACCCACAAAUCCAGGUGCGUUUCACUGGCCAUCGAAUGCAAGGGAUUAUCGACCAUCGCCUCUGAGUGUUCGACCUGAAUCAAAUGCGGGAGCACCGCCACCAGCAGGAGGAGCAGCAGGAGGCUCCUACGAAAAGAGAUCCUAUCCGUAUGCUGAGAAUCCUCCUACGACAUCCAAGAAACUCAAGGUCGAGACAUGA